AUGACGUCUUUCAAGGUCCCCCAGCCAACGGAGCUGACCAAGUUCUAUAUCAACGGCGAAUACGUCGAACCCAGCACCAAAGAGGUCUUCACCGUUCGCAACCCAAAAGACAACACAGUAGUGUCAGAUCGCGUGCCAGUCGGGGGCCCAGAGGAUGUCGACGUCGCAGCAGACAGAGCUCGUUGUCUGUACAGGCUGUCCGAGAUCUUGGAUGAGCACCUCGAGGAACUGCUUCGCCUGGACACUCUCACCGGUGGGCACCCGGUGUCGCUCAUUCCGACCCGAGAGAAGAACUACAUCGUCAACGGACAUCGGUAUAUUGUGACGGGCUGGUGUGACAAGUUCAAGGGUGAUUACCUACCUGAUGACGACGGCUUUGUGAAGAUUGUGAAAAAUGAGCCCCUUGGGGUUUGCGUGGGGAUCUGUCCGUUCAAUUCCCCAGUGGCAACGUUCUUUCAUAAAGUCGCCCCUGCCCUGGUCACCGGAAAUGUCAUGAUUAUCAAACCUUCAGAGAAGACCCCGCUUGCCUCUCUUGCGCUGGCUCCACUCACAAGCGGGAAUCCCCAAGGGCACAUGCGCGUCCGCAAAAUUAGCUUCACGGGCAGCGUUGCUAGAGGUAAGAAAAUCCAGGCGGCCGCAGCACAAAGUAACCUCAAGCGUGUGACAUUAAAACUCGGUGGAAAGGGGCCAAACAUCAUUUUCGAGGACGCCAACUUGGACAACGCUGUCGAAUGGGCCCUCAGAGCCAUCAUGGCUCGAAGUGGCCAGAUAUGCAUUGCUGCGUCUCGCCUCUACGUCCAGAGAUCGAUCGCCGACGAAUUCAUCAAGAUAUACGUCGAGAAGAUGAGAGAUGCUGCCAAGCAUAUGGGGGACUCCUUCGACUCUGACACAGCGUAUGGCCCUCUGGUAGACAAAUUUACUUUUGAAAAAGUCUAA